AUGACUAUCCACCCAGCCAUUCAAGGCGUCCUAAUCGUCUCCGGCAUAUUCAUCUUCCUCAUAUCCACCAGUGUAGCUGGUAAACUCAUUGCGGCCUAUCUCACGCGGGACACUAAGCCCAAGCCAGUUGAUCCAGAGGUGGGCUCAAUUGGCAGCGGUACCUGCAAAGCUGCAGGGAAUGGCCAUCUCUCGCAGGCGUCCUUGGAACAUGGACCGGGUCCUACCAUUCUCACCGUUGCUCACGACUUGGCUGGGCCCUUCCCCAGUGGCAAUGUCCGGGUCUAUGAGGCGAGUUGUGUUCCUGAGCUUCCAUUUCAUGUCAAGGUGCAGACAUGCGAUGAGACUGGAGGUAUAAGGCUGGUGCAUCACGCCCCUGAUAUGCUUGAUAGGUCGUCCAGUCUCCGCCGCGCUGUGUUGGAUAUUGGCCGGGAGCUCGAGAUCAACAAGGAUGAGAGGACCGGUAAUGUCAACGAGAAGGAAUAUGCUAGGGGACACGAGAAGCCCAGGGGCUAUUCUGGGGCAUGGCCAUGA